CACUCUGCUCCAUACACUCUCUUAACUUCACUCCGCCAUCUCAGUCUCAGAGAUCUGACUGUGUGUUUUCUGAGUGUCGGGGUGUUUUCUGUUUUUCUGGGUGUUUAGUGUAUAUAUGAUUUAGCUCUUUAUAUUAGUUUAUCUGCUUGCUGUGUUUAUAUCUGAGUUGUUGACAUAUUGUUUAUGUAUUUAGAAUUGUUUUAGGCAGGGUAUAGAGUUUGAUGUGUUUCUGAGUAUUUAAGGGAGUCUUGAUGUGUUUUGUUUGUUUCAUAUGAGUGUGUAGUGGAGUGUUUUUUUAGUAACAUAUUUGGUGUGUUUAGUGGAGUUUUUGGAGUAUUUCAGUUUUUUUAGUGGAGUAUUUAGGGGAGUAUUUGGAGUAUUUAAAGGAGUGUUUGGAGUAUUAGUCAGGUGUUUGAACUAUUUCUGAGAGUUUAGUAGAUUAUUUGGAGUAUUUAGUGGGGUGUUUUGGAGUACCUCUGGGAGUUUAGUUAAGUAUUUAAAGUAUUUCUGAGAGUUUAGUUAAGUACUUUGAGUAUUUUUGGGAGUUUAGUUAAGUGUUUGGAGUUUUUCUGAGAGUUUAUGGUAGUGUUUGGUGUAUUAGUCAGGUGUUUGAAGUAUUUCUUAAAGUUUAGUGGCGUAUUUGGAGUAUUUCUAAGAGCAUAGAGGAGUUUUUGGAGUAUUUAAAAUAGUAUUUUGAGUAUUAGUCAGGUGUUUGGAGUAAUUCUGAGAGUUUAGUGGAUUAUUUGUAGUAUUUAGUGGGGCGUUGGGACUAUUUCUGGGAGUUUAGUUAAGUAUUAGCAGUAUUUAGUGGUGCAUUUCUGAGUGUUUAUUUGGGUGUUCUGAGUAUUUCUGGGAGUUUUGUUGAGUUUUGUUGGCCUAUUACUGAGUGUCUAGUUGAGUUUUUGAUAUGUUUCUGAGUGUUUAGUGAGGAUUGUGGAGUAUUUGGUGGGUUUUUUGGAGUAUUUCCGAGUGUCUAGUGGAGUUUUUGACAUGUUUCUGAGGGUUUAAUGAGGUGUUUGGAGUAUUUUAUAAAGUGUUUGAUCUUUUUAUUUGAGUUUUUGAGUGUUUGUGGUGUGUGUUUGUUUCCAGUCACCGCUGGGCUGUUACUGAGUUGCUCGGCGGAGGGAUGACACUCUGAUGCGGCGCGCGUGUGAAACUCGUCUCGCGGCCGCUGGGAGUUUUAGUCCGGACGCUUCCCGGUAACACGCUGCGGCUGCGCGCGCUUACAACACACACACACACAUACACGAACGCGCGCGCGCACUUACAGAAGAACAGAAGGAGGAGAAAAAAACUCCAUGGCACGCGAUGAACGGGAACGCAGACAGUCCACAAGCUUAACUUGUUUCUAAUUAAAGCCUCGCGCCAUGUAGACUAUAUCCCCGGAGGGAUCAUCAUCAUCAUCAUCAUCACCAUCAUCAUCACCAUCAUCAUCAUCACCAUCAUCGUCUUCACAGGGCUGCGUGGGAGGAUAAAAAAGCGCGCGAGACGGACGGAGACAGCGUCGCGAGCACAUACUGAGUCUCCUCUCCGCGCGCAUCUCCGAGUUGGAUGGACAAGCUCGGCCGUGCGCGCGCUCUACACCGGACACACCGGACACGCGGCUUUGAGCGCUCGCGCCCCGCCGACUUUUAGAUCCGUGUUACUAAAGGAAAAGCAGGAGAAAAUCAGAAGCGCGCGGAUCUAAAACUCUGUCUGGAUUUAAACACGUGAUUGCUUCACAAGGCCUUCAUAACUCCAUCGCCCCGCGCUUCAGCUCUUACGACAGCUGUUUCGAGAUGUUGGCGCCUCGGGUUCCCCUGGUGAUGGCGCUGGUGCUGCUAGUCCUGUCUCAGAGAGUGAGUGGUCGACCCAAGCAGGACGAGAACGGAGAAGAAUGCACGCGGUGUCGUGACUCCCUGAUAACACGGAUUACACAGUCCACCUCAGAGAAGCAGAACAAGCUGGUGGAGGAGAACGAGGACGUCCACAGGACCAGACACAGGCUGAAGACGGAGACAGGAGAACAGAUACUCGAAAUCUUCCCCAGAGAUCUCCGGAAGAAGGAGAAGUUUUUAAAACACUUAACAGGGCCUCUAUACUUCAGCCCAAAGUGCAGAAAGCACGUCUACAGGCUCUACCACAAUACCAGAGACUGCACCAUACCUGCAUAUUAUAAAAGAUGUGCGCGCCUUCUCACUCGACUGGCAGGGAGUCCGAGGUGCCUAGAGAGCUAACAUCACCAGCAGGUUCAAGCCAAACCAGAGUGACCCGGAGGAGGAAAAAAAAAAAAAAAAAAAACGUCAAGUGCCUUUUGGAUACGAGCGGAGAAUCCAAACCAACACUCAGCAUUCCAUCCAAUCAGCAAAACACGUCCAAACUACGGGAUCGGCCACUCCGAGAGGACAGGCCGACAACAGAACAGACGCAGGAGGAAUUCACGGGCGAAUGAACACGGACGGACAUUGGCCUACUCAUCCUCAUUGGCCUGAGAGACGGACUCUUUAAGCCUUAGGAGGAAAAAGACGAAAGAAGGAAGCGUGGGAGGAUGCACAUUUAAAAGGACAUGCAUUUGGAGGAAACAAAAAAAACAUGCAUUAAAAAAAAAAAAAAACAUGCAUUUAACCUGUGGGUGUCUGAGUGUCUCCUGCUUACAAAAAAAUAUAAGAAAAGAAUCACGAGAAAAGGGAUUGCCUUCACGUCGCCUUUCGUCACGUCGCAAUCAGCCACGUAAUAAUAAGCGGCGCUUCCUAGGUCAUCGUUGUUUCCCGCUUUCUGUGACAAAUGCUGUGGUGCAGAAAAAGCAAAGCAAAGAAAAGAAAAGAAAACGAAAGAAAACAUGAGAAAAGUGUCUUUUUCACCACAGAAAGCCACCUUUAACUUAUUUUUCUGCAUGACGCUUUCCGUCUCACCUUGGCCUUCACCAACAUGCAACAAUGCAGUGUUUCUCUCAGUGUGUGUGUGUGUAUAUGUAUGUGUGUGUGUUUGUACGUGUGUGAAGUUCAGUGCUAUGCUCGAGACUGUCUGUGGAUGACUGUGGAUUAGUAAAUAUAGUAUAUCUAUUUUGGUGUACAUGCUGUAUAGAGAGGUUCAGACCAGAGCUCCAUGUGUAAAUACUGUACAAAACAGGAGACAUAAAAAUCCCUAUACCGAGUAUAUGCUGUGUGUGGGUUUGUGUGUAUGUGUGUGUGUGUGUGUGUGUGUAUCUGUGUGUGUGUGACCGACAUAUCGUGGAAAUGUUGGGAUACGGAUAUAUUUAAAAGAAAAUAUAUUUAAAUAAAUUAUAUGAUUGUUA